AUGUCCGCCAACGCCCACGGCUUCGAGCUACCGUCAACGUCGGCGUCGACGCUGGCGACGACGGCAGCCGCCAUCGGCAACCUCCCCAAUAACCACAGCAACGGUGUGAACAGCCGCAGCAGCAGUCACAUCCGCAGCAAGAGCAGACACGACAAGAGAGCCUCCGCGCCGGCUCCGACGCCUCCGGUUACCGCUGCCACCGCCUCGACAGCAACCGCCGCCGCAGCAGCCCUGCUUCCCGCGCGACGACCGCGACACCAGAUCACACGCUCCAUCACCGAGUUCUCGCCGCCCCUCAGGAUGCAUCGGCACCGGCACAGUCACCACCACCACCCGAUGCAGCACGCGCUGCACAUCAACGCCCAGAGCCGGCGCGACAGGGACAGGUUGCUGCUCCUGGAUGAGAGGACAUCGGCCCCCGGAGCCGACGGACGGAGCUCGCUCGACAUGACGAGGUCGGAACAUGUGACGCCCAACAGGAGCCCAGACUCGAGCCGGAGGACCAGUGCGCUCGUGGGGCCGGCGAUCGGGGGCGGAGAGAAUCCCUUUUUGGUUACGCCGCCGGGAAGAACAAGGAAGGUCGACAAGGCGGCCGUGCUGUCGGAAGAGAAGAACCGGACCGCGAGCCGGGUUAUGGGCCUGAAGAACUCCCUCGUCGAACUCAGCGGGUUCUCGACAGCGACGACGAGGCACCUCGAUGAGACGUACUACUCAGUGCUGGAGAAGAAGAGCAUGCUGCAAAGCACCGUCACGGCGAUGCGGGAGCUGACGGUGGCCUCGCGACAGCUGACGGGAGAGUUUGAGGGGCAGGCCGAGGAGAUGUCGCGCGAGGUGGCGGCGCAGCUCGACCAAUUCGGACUGUUCGGCGAGCAGGAGUCGCGCAUCGAGGCGCUGCAGAGCCGGGUCGAGGCCGGGCGGACGCGGAUUCAAGGGCUGAGCGAGCGCGUCGACCUCGUGCGGCGCCGUAUCGAGGGGUGGGAGAGCGCGGACCGCGAGUGGCAAGAGAAAACGCGCAAGAGGCUGCGGACCGUGUGGAUCGUCAUGUCAGUCGUGUUCGCCGUGCUGAUCCUGCUGUUCGUCGGCGCGCAGUACCUCGGCGGGCCCGAGGUCGAGGACAGAAAAGGUCUCGAGGGGGCUGAGAGGGAGUUCAACAGGAGCAUGGGAGUGUUGGGGAAGAAGGGGCCGCGCGAGAAGCUCCUGCCGCCGUUGUGGGAGGGCCGGAACGGGAGGGAGGAGGAGGAAGACCGAUUGAGGGUGUUUGACGAGCUCUGA